AUGACCUCAACAGUGAAGAAGAAGCUGAUGGAUUUCUAUGAGCAAGGUUUACCAAUUUCUCAAAUACACGGUUGCAUGGCGACCGAACGAAACGGUAACAUGGCUCUCACCGUCAAAGAUUUACAACAUGAGGUGUACAAGGCUAGACGGUUGAAGAUGGUUGGAGGGGACUCGGUGGCAAUGAUGGAGUACUUUGAAAAAAUGCAAUCCGGCAACCAAAUUUUUUUCCAUGCUCAACGUUUGGAUGAAGAAGGGAGGCUUAAGGAUGUGUUGUGGGUGGAUGCAAGAAGUAGGGUAGCUUAUGAGGACUUUGGUGAUGUGGUUUGCUUCGACGCGACAUACCUAACAAAUGAGUACGAGCUCCCAUUUGCGAACUUUGUCGGUGUGAACCACCAUGGGCAGUCGUUGUUGUUGGGAUGUGCUCUUGUUUCACAUGAAGACUGCGAUACGUUUGCGUGGAUAUUCCGACAGUGGCUAGCUUGCAUGAACAACCGAGCUCCUAAAGCCAUUUUGACCGACCAAGCGGCAGCUAUGCGGAGGCCCCUAGCUGAAGUCAUGCCGAACACGGUUCAUCGUUGGUGCAUAUGGCAUAUCAUGAGCAAGAUCCCUGAGAAACUUGGCAAGUGUGCAUGUUACCAAGAGUUCAUCAACCCCCUCAAAGAGUUGGUGUAUGAGAGCUUUGACCCCGAGGAGUUCCAAACCCGAAGGGCAGAGUUUAUAGCCGAGUAUAAGUUGGAGGACAAUGAAUGGCUUCAAAGCCUACACAAAGAGAGUCGUAUGUGGGUGCCUGCUUACAUGAAAGAGUUUUUUUGGGCUGGUAUGAAGACCACACAAAGGGUGGAGAGCAUCAAUCGGUUUUUCGAUGGCUAUGUUAACCGCAAAACCAAACUACAUGAGUUUCCUGAAAAGUAUUGCAAGGCCUUGGAUCAACGCGUUCGAGAUGAAGUGAGUGCAGAUGAGCGUUGCUCAAAGUAA